AUGACGGUUAAAGCUAACACCAUGGUUAGAAAAACAAGAAGUAAUAAAAAAGAUACAAUCUGUAAACAUUGUAGUCAUAAAUGCUCAACAUCCCAAAAACUUCAUGAGCGUCUUAAGCAAAAAAAUCUAUGCAAACUAUUACAAAAGCAAAAGGAAGUAGCUUAUUAUAUUCAAAUGCCAAUUCAGGUGCUUAUUCAAAAAGCUAAUCAACAGGCUAUCCAAGCUUCUGAAAUCAAAGCACAGGUAGAAAGCUCUAGUAUAAAUAUAAGUAACAAGAAGAAGCCACGUGUGGUAAUCCCAACUCUAGUUCCUAAGCUAGAACCUGAAAAGGAAGUUCCAGUACUUGGUGUCGACUACAUCACAGAAGAGGAGGAAAAGAAUUGA